GAGCUGUGCAUAUGUUAUAAUCUUGACUUCGGUAGCACGCAUGGUCGUGACGGGCUGGGAGAACUCAUAUUCAUACUAUGGUCUACACGAAAAUCCGAGUGUCAACGGGUUUCCCGUGCCGUCACCCAAGCUUGGUAUACAUAUGUCUCCAAGCCAGAUUACUGUACAUGGCACUUAUGUUGUAGCAUAUUGUUCUAUACUGAAAGACUUGAGACAAAUUGUAGAAAAAUCAUCCACGAACGGCAAGAGGUAACGCAUAAUGUUGAUCAGGAGUAUCAGGUCGAUCAUGCAGCCCAAUAUGCUUGUGCCCUAUCUAUUGCCAGAGAAAAAUCUCUAGACUCACCUGCUAAACCUAUGUCUGGGGUUCUGGGAAGCGACUGUACACUUGAGCACUUGAUCAACUUAGCCUUCACAGGCAUGAUCGGGGUGCAAGGAAAAUAUGCAUGUUUUGCGCCGCAAAUUAGGGAUCAGUUUAUCAUAAUUGAUGCAGAUACGCCUAUACAGUUGGAACAAUUUCUGCCCGGAGGAAAACUACUCAAAUGGAAUAAGCUUAGUUCAGAGAUUCAAGGAAUUGCCUGGUUUCGAGGAAACCUACAUUUGUUCAAAAAAAAAGGAGCUAAUCACGAUAGUAAUCAAUGGUGGAUCCCAACUACCUUGAUUGGUCACGAGAAUGCAAACGGGAAAGCGUUGACUGAAUUUAUUCUUCGAAACUUACCCGCUAUCAAUGAGUUUACAAAAUCAAUGAACGACUUUCAUUAUCUUACACUUGAGUUAGAAAAAUCCGACCAAAAUUCUGGCAUCAUACAAGCAGAUAGACACUAUUCAUUUUUAAAGUUCAGUAUUUCUCCCAAAGAAUAUAUAAAUAAUUAUUAUCAUAGCCAUACAAGGCGGUUAAAAACAACUCAUCCAGAUAACCAUACGAGUGGCUCAUAUUUCCGCGGCAAGUUAAACAAUUUACCUGAUUAUGCCAAGCAAUACAUUUCCAGAUGGAAACUCAAUCGGGAAAGUAAAGACAAAGAAAAUUAUUCAUUCGGUCCUGGUAUCAUCCGAUCAAGUGAUAUCUUAUCUGAAAGUUGGAAGUUUGAGUGGAUGACUAAACGCUCACUUGAAAUUCUGCCUCAAUCUGAACCAGAUGUUGCUGCUGAAAGAUUUGCGGAGUUUAGAGGAAAAGGCGCUUUGUGUGGUUAA